AUGUCACCUGCGAGUUGGUAACCUACGAGCGGCUGUGAAGGGAACUGUUUAACCGGAUCCCAUUGUACCGGGAACGCAGAGCGGCCUUUUCAGCAUGCAGCAGCUGCUCAGGUGAGGGGACGCCUCGGCUCGCCCGCCGUACUCAUUCAUUAGCGGCACCGCACCGUGGCGCGGGGUGGGCGUGCUGGUUCCUCGCGCUGUUGGCGGCGCUCCUUCCUGCUGCUUCCCGGAGCUCCCGGGCCAGUAGAGUUUAGUAAUAUCAAGAAAUAGGAGAAAAUUCAACCAUGGCCCCAAGGAAGAGAGGUGGACGAGGGAUUUCGUUUAUCUUUUGCUGUUUCCGAAACAAUGACCACCCAGAAAUCACAUAUCGGCUUCGAAAUGAUAGCAACUUUGCACUUCAGACCAUGGAGCCAGCACUGCCCAUGCCCCCUGUGGAGGAGCUGGAUGUCAUGUUCAGUGAACUUGUGGAUGAACUUGACCUCACAGACAAACACAGAGAAGCCAUGUUUGCACUUCCAGCAGAGAAAAAGUGGCAGAUAUACUGUAGCAAGAAAAAGGACCAGGAAGAAAACAAGGGAGCAACAAGUUGGCCUGAGUUCUACAUUGAUCAGCUUAAUUCCAUGGCUGCUAGGAAGUCUCUGCUGGCUCUAGAGAAGGAAGAAGAAGAAGAGAGGAGUAAAACCAUCGAGAGUCUGAAGACAGCUCUGAGGACAAAACCCAUGAGGUUUGUUACAAGAUUCAUCGAUUUGGAUGGCCUGUCAUGUAUUCUCAACUUUCUGAAGACUAUGGACUAUGAGACCUCUGAGUCUCGGAUACAUACCUCCCUCAUUGGCUGUAUAAAGGCACUAAUGAACAACUCUCAAGGCCGGGCUCAUGUCCUGGCUCAUUCUGAGAGUAUUAAUGUCAUUGCUCAGAGUCUGAGCACAGAAAACAUUAAAACAAAGGUGGCCGUGCUAGAAAUCUUGGGCGCCGUGUGCCUGGUUCCUGGGGGUCACAAAAAAGUUCUGCAGGCUAUGCUGCACUACCAGAAGUAUGCCAGUGAGAGAACCCGCUUCCAGACGUUAAUUAACGACUUGGACAAAAGCACUGGGCGUUAUCGGGAUGAAGUGAGUCUCAAGACUGCCAUCAUGUCCUUCAUCAAUGCAGUGCUAAGCCAAGGAGCCGGAGUGGAGAGUUUGGACUUUAGACUCCAUCUUCGCUAUGAAUUCCUGAUGUUAGGAAUUCAACCUGUUAUAGAUAAAUUAAGGGAACAUGAAAAUUCGACGUUAGACAGGCAUUUAGACUUUUUUGAAAUGCUCCGAAAUGAAGAUGAACUAGAAUUUGCCAAAAGAUUUGAACUGGUUCACAUAGACACAAAAAGUGCAACCCAGAUGUUUGAGCUGACCAGGAAGCGACUGACUCACAGUGAAGCCUACCCUCACUUCAUGUCCAUUCUGCACCAUUGCCUCCAGAUGCCUUACAAGAGAAGUGGUAACACAGUUCAGUACUGGCUGCUGCUAGACAGAAUCAUACAGCAAAUAGUUAUCCAGAGUGACAAAGGGCAGGACCCUGACUCUACACCUUUGGAAAACUUCAAUAUUAAGAACGUCGUGAGAAUGUUGGUCAAUGAAAACGAAGUUAAGCAAUGGAAAGAACAGGCAGAGAAAAUGAGAAAAGAACACAAUGAACUACAACAGAAGCUGGAGAAGAAAGAGAGAGAAUGUGAUGCCAAGACCCAAGAGAAGGAAGAAAUGAUGCAGACCUUAAAUAAGAUGAAAGAGAAGCUUGAAAAGGAGACGACUGAGCACAAGCAGGUCAAGCAGCAGGUGGCAGAUCUCACAGCACAGCUCCAUGAGCUCAACAGGAGGGCUGUUGGUGCUCCAGUCCCAGGAGGACCCUCACCUGGAGCCCCAGGGGGUCCCUUUCCUUCCUCUGGGAUAGGAUCUCUUCUUCCUCCCCCACCACCCCCACUUUUUUCAGGUGGAGCACUUCCUCCUCCACCACCUCCCCUCCCUCCUGGAGGUCCUCCUCCUCCCCCAGGGCCUCCUCCCUUAGGGGGAAUCCUACCACCUCCUGGUGCUCCAGUGAGUCUGACACUCAAGAAGAAAAACAUUCCCCAGCCCACCAAUGCGCUGAAAUCCUUCAACUGGUCUAAGCUGCCUGAGAACAAAUUGGAAGGAACAGUAUGGACUGAAAUCGAUGAUACCAAAGUGUUCAAAAUUCUAGACCUUGAAGACCUAGAAAGAACUUUCUCUGCCUACCAAAGACAGCAGGAGUUCUUUGUGAACAGUAACUCCAAGCAGAAAGAAGCAGAUGCCAUUGAUGACACACUGAGUUCCAAAUUUAAAGUCAAAGAACUGUCAGUGAUUGAUGGUCGGAGAGCUCAGAAUUGCAACAUCCUUCUGUCGAGGUUGAAAUUAUCCAAUGAUGAAAUCAAGCGGGCGAUUCUAACAAUGGAUGAACAGGAGGAUCUGCCCAAGGACAUGUUAGAACAGCUUUUGAAGUUUGUUCCUGAGAAAAGUGACAUUGACCUGCUAGAGGAACAUAAACACGAGCUGGAUCGGAUGGCCAAGGCUGAUCGCUUCCUGUUUGAGAUGAGCAGGAUUAAUCAUUACCAGCAAAGACUGCAGUCAUUGUACUUCAAGAAGAAGUUUGCAGAACGUGUGGCAGAAGUGAAGCCUAAAGUGGAAGCGAUUCGUUCUGGCUCGGAGGAGGUGUUCAGAAGCAGCGCCCUCAAGCAGCUCCUAGAGGUUGUUUUGGCUUUUGGAAACUAUAUGAAUAAAGGACAAAGAGGCAAUGCCUAUGGAUUCAAGAUCUCCAGCCUCAACAAGAUCGCCGACACAAAAUCCAGUAUUGACAAGAACAUUACCCUUUUGCACUAUCUAAUAACUAUUGUGGAGAAUAAGUACCCCAAAGUCCUCCAUUUACAUGAAGAAUUGCGGGAUAUUCCUCAAGCAGCAAAAGUCAACAUGACUGAGCUGGACAAAGAGAUAAGCACCUUGAGAGGCGGCCUGAAAGCGGUAGAGAUGGAGCUGGAAUAUCAGAAGUCUCAGCCCCCACAGCCUGGAGACAAGUUUGUGUCCGUUGUCAGCCAGUUCAUCACUGUGGCUAGCUUCAGCUUCUCAGAUGUUGAAGAUCUUCUGGCAGAAGCUAAGGAGCUGUUCACUAAAGCAGUGAAGCACUUUGGAGAGGAGGCUGGCAAAAUACAGCCAGAUGAGUUCUUCGGGAUUUUUGACCAGUUUCUUCAAGCCGUGGCAGAAGCGAAACAGGAGAAUGAGAACAUGAGGAGAAGGAAAGAGGAGGAGGAGAGGCGGGCUCGCCUGGAGGCUCAGCUCAAAGAACAACGGGAGAGGGAGCGCAAGAUGAGGAAGGCCAAGGAGAACAGUGAAGAAAGCGGAGAGUUUGACGACCUGGUCUCAGCUUUACGCUCGGGAGAAGUGUUUGACAAAGACCUCUCCAAACUCAAACGGAACCGCAAACGCAUUUCCAACCAGGUGACAGAUGGUAGCCGGGAGCGACCAAUCACAAAACUGAAUUUUUGAUUUUCUUGCAUCCUUUUCUAGAAAGCGCAGUAGUAGCCCUUUGGCCUGACUAGAACUUUCAUUACACUGCCUUGCAAUCAAAACAGUGGCAAUUUCUUCUCUCACCUGUGAGUGAAGGUGUGAAUGUGUGUGUAAAUGUAUGUGUAUAUAUGUGAAAAUGUAUAUAGAAGUCUGAGUGUUGUCCGGGGACCUAUGUGUAUGCUUAAAAAGUUUAUGUUAAUGUGUGUGCUCAGAAACUCUCUAGGUAUGCAUUCAUAUCGAGUGGGGCUCAUUUUCUUUCCCUGAACACCUUGAAUGUUCAGAAGCACAAUUCUCCCUCCUGAAACAGAUAACAGACAUUCCUUAACAUUAAAAAAAAAAAACAAAAAAAAAAGGAAGAAAAGAAGAAAACAGGAAGUUAAAAACAGACUUGUCUUGUGGAGUGUUUUAUGGUUCCCAGAGUUGGUGUAGUGAGACAAUUUUCACUGGUAGAAAUGGAGUUGGAAAAUACAGAUCUGGAUGAGUUUGGUGGUUCCAGUCGGGCACUGCUGCCUGCAUCAGUGACUAACUUGGAAGAACAGCUUCAAGGUCCCGAUGCUGCUGUUGGGGUACAGUCUACAGAUGUCUGUUGAGAACAUCUUGCACACAUUCAUAUCAUAUAGAACGUCAGUCACAAUUCUUUUGUAUAUUUAAAACGUGAACACCAGGUUUUUCCCCCUAAUUUCAUCGACUUUUCUGCCAAGUGCUCUUGGUGAUUUCUUUUUCUUUCUUUCUUUUUUUUUUUGAAAAAUAAAAAUAAUGUCACCUGCAUCCUGGCUGAAGGCCAGGAUUUCCAGAACCUUCUUGACCUAACAAUACAGAUUUGUAAACCUGGAAAAUAAAAUUUCCCCCCGAAGACUUAGUGGAAGAAAGAACUCCCUGAAGAUUCUUUUUAAAGGCAUGUGGGGUGCUUUUGGGGUGUCUUCUGUUUCCUGUGUAGGCCACGCUGCAUAUCUUGGGAUAAAGGACACUCACAGUGACACAAAAUGUCAACAGUAUCUACAGGGAUGCUCAGAUCUAUUUAUCUCAAAGAAUAUUUGAAGCGAUUGCUGUUACGUGUUGUCAUUUUCAAUUGUGUGUCAGUGACGCUACCUGUUCAACUUCAAUCCAAAAACACAAAGCUCUCAGGGAGAAAUGAUGAAACAAUGAACAUUAGAAAAUAAAUAUAGAUGCUUACCACUGACCUGCCAACUCUUAGUAUCGUUAAGUUAUAUGGUAUGUAAAGAGGACUGUUACUAUUUUCUUUUGCUUUAUUUAUUUGUACUCGGGUGUGGGGAGGGACUAGUGUUUUCUGUUUUCCAUCUAUUCUUUUGUGGUUGGGUUUCCUGUGGAGAGAGUAGUUUUUCCUAUUGCACUAGAAUAUUAUUUACUCACUAAACUGAGUUUUUCAGUCAAGUAUCAAAUAUUUAUUAAGCACUUACUAUGUACCAGGCAUAGUAGAGCUAUAGUGGUAAGCAAGACAGAGUCCCUGCCCACCAAGGAGUUCACACUUCAAUAGGGUUUUCAGGGACGAUAGAAUGCCAAUGUGCAGAAUAGACAAGGAAUCAUACUAUUUAAAAAAUCUGUAUGAACUAAAAUGCUUAGUGCAGAUGGCAAGGGAUCUGUGCUGUGUAAAAGCUGUGAAACAGUGCUCUAAGAAUUGUCAAGAGCUGUGGUUUUUUACUUUUUGUUUUUCCUUGUUGCAAACAUAGCGACUUUCUACCCAUUCUAUGUAAGUAAAUGGCUCUUCAGUAAAGCAGUCACAGGUACAAAGCAGAGCUGACUCCUGGCCCCAAGCUACACUGUGGGCAAACACACCGUGGCCGUGGUGCUGCUGAUGGAGACAUAGCUCAGCGAGCUUGGAGGGGAGGAGGAUGGGAUGGAAUGAUGGCUUCUGCCAUCCCUGACUAAGUGCCUCUAUGUAUAUUCUUUUCUACUUAUAGCAGGAAAAGUUUGGUCGAGCUCAGUUUUGGAACUGUGGAAAGACUCAAAACAGAGAGCAAGUUUGUGUAGCAUGUCCCCUUGCCCUUUUAAAACCAUCCUCACUUUGAUGUAAGCCAUCCUGGUAGGCCUCCUUUGCCAUUCCCAAUAUUUGUUUAUUUUCCAAAAAACUGUGUGCAGGUAAUUCCAUGUGCCAUUGUUAUAAACAAACAAAUGAAAAAUCUACUUUUUAGACUGGUGCUGGUAUAAGUAGCCACUCUUCUCUCUUGAAUAUGUAUUUUAAAGAUUUUUUUAAUGAUGCUAAAAAGAAAAAGCAUUAUACUUUUUAAACUUAAUUAAAUGUCUCGUAUCUUAUUAGCUUAAUAGUUGGAACCACUUAGUCUUUAGGUGCAAGACUGUUGUUACAGAACCAAGAAAAAAGGAUGUUGUAUGUGUGUUAUGAGACUGUACAUUUUUUAAAAUAGCAAUAUGCAAUAAAGAUGACUUCAUUGGGUGUA